AUGUCUGGUGCCCAACAUUUGUUUGCUGAUUUUUCUGAAGGCUCAGGCUCGUGGCAACCGCAAGCGCAGGGCUUUGAAACUCUGUUGGUGCAUGGUGGUGUGAAGCCGGAUCCAGUGACCGGAGCUAUCUUAACCCCGGUGUACCAAAGCACGACCUUUGUGCAGGAGUCUAUUGAGCGGUACCAGGCAAAGGGUUAUAGCUACACCCGAAGCGCCAAUCCGACAGUGUCUGCGCUGGAAGAAAAGCUUUGCGCCAUUGAACAUGGCGAAUAUGCUACGGUUUACAGUACAGGGAUGUCUGCGACAACGACAGCUAUUUCGUCUUUUAUGAGUGCCGGUGAUCAUGCAAUCGUCACUGAAUGCAGCUAUGGUGGAACAAAUCGUGCCUGCCGUGUGUUUUUUACGCGUCUUGGAAUGAGCUUUACCUUUGUUGACAUGCGUGAUGUCAAGAAUGUUGAGGCAGCCAUUAAACCGAACACAAAAUUGGUUAUUUCUGAGUCGCCGGCAAACCCAACGCUGACGCUGACGGACAUAGAUGCACUCUCGAGUCUGUGCAAGGCGAAGGGUAUUAUUCACAUGUGUGAUAACACAUUUGCCACUGCUUUCAUCAUGCGUCCGCUUGACCAUGGUGCUGAUGUGACGCUUAUCAGCACGACCAAGUUUGUUGAUGGCCACAACAUGACUGUUGGUGGUGCGUUGGUGACGAAGAGCAAGGAACUGGACGGGAAAGUGCGUCUCACGCAGAAUAUUCUUGGAAAUUGCAUGUCCCCGUUUGUGGCGUUUCUUCAGCUGCAGACCGUCAAGACGAUGUCAUUGCGCAUUUCGCGGCAGAGCGAGAAUGCUCAAAAGGUGGCAGAGUUCCUCGAGACGCACCCUGCUGUGGAGCGUGUGAUGUACCCUGGCCUCAAGAGUUUCCCACAGAAGGCGCUCGCUGACCGUCAGCAUGCCAACAACCUCCACGGCGGCAUGUUGUGGUUCGAGGUACGCGGCGGCACCGCGGCUGGGCGGCGGCUAAUGGACACCGUUCAGAGGCCGUGGUCGCUCUGCGAGAACCUCGGCGCGACGGAGAGCAUCAUCACCUGCCCGUCAGUCAUGACGCACGCCAACAUGACGACGGAAGACCGCAUGAAAGUCGGCAUUACUGAUGGGUUUGUGCGUGUCUCGUGUGGCAUUGAAGAUGCAGCUGAUCUCAUCAGCGCGCUCAAGGCGGCUCUCGACGCACUCGGUAAGUAA